AUGUCUGUUACAUCCGUUCCCGUUGACGCCGUCCUUUUUGAUAUGGACGGUACUUUGAUCGAUUCCACCCCAGCCCUGGUGGCAGCUUGGUCGGAAUUCUGCAAAAAGUACGAUUUGGAUUACGAUUACGUAGUGAACCAUUGCCAUGGUCAUCGUGCAGUUGAAAACUUCCGUAGAUUCGUUCCUUCUUUGACCGAAGAAGAAUGCGAAGCAGAAGCAGUAAACUUUGAAAACCGAAUUAUCGAAUUGGCAAGAGAAGCAAAACAAAGCGGUGAAAAACAUAAACAAAUCACUGCUAUUCCAGGUGCAUCAAACUUGAUCGAAGAAAUCAAAGCAGGCAAACCUGAUUCUGUUAAAACUCAACCAUGGGCAAUCGUCACAAGUGCAACAGCUGAUUACGCAGCAGAAGUCUUUGACAACGCUUCCGUUUCAAGCCCACCAAAAACUUUCGUUGCUGCCGAUCACGUCUCAGCAGGCAAGCCAGACCCUCAACCUUAUCUUUUGGGUGCAGAAUUGGCCGGAACACAUGCUAAACGUUGCUUGGUCGUUGAAGAUGCACCAGCAGGUGCCAUCGCCGGUAAACGCGCAGGUGCUCAAGUUAUUGGCCUUCGUACCACUCACAACGAAUCCGAAAGAUUGUGGGAAGCCAAUGCUGAUUACGUCGUUAAAGAUUUGACAAAAGUUCACGCCCAUUGGGAAGGCGAACAAAUGUACAUCGAUGUUCAUUCUGAAGCCAAGCCAUCCAGCGUCGCAAACCAAGCCAGUCUAUGA